AGCUUAUUUAUACGUAAGUGAAACAACUCGAAUCGCCGUGACCGUCGUCGAUCAUAUAUCUCUCAAUCUCUGACUCUGUCAACCUCCAGCAUUACUCUCCGGGCUCCGGCGGCGAAAUGGAGACGCCAUUGUUGACGGCGAACGGGGAUGAUGUGACGGACUACGAGCCAGUGAAAAGCCUGAAGGAGGCGAGGUCAGUGUUCUGGAAAGAGACAGUAAAGCUGUGGAAGAUAGGACUACCGGUGGCAUGCGCAACUGUAUGCAAUUACGGAGUGAAUUCGUUAACUGGGAUAUUCGUAGGCCAUAUCGGUGAACUUCAACUCUCUGCUGUUUCCAUUUCUCUCAGCGUCAUCGGUGCCUUCUCUUUUGGAUUCAUGCUUGGUAUGGGUAGUGCAUUGGAGACACUUUGUGGUCAAGCUUUUGGUGCUGGACAAGUUCAUAUGCUUGGUGUUUAUAUGCAAAGAUCAUGGAUUAUAUUAUGGGUCAGCUGUAUGUGCCUCUUGCCAAUUUACCUUUUGGCGACCCCAAUUUUAAAGAUUUUGGGACAAGCUGAUGAGAUUGCUGAUGCUGCUGGAAAGUUCACUUUAAUGAUGAUCCCACAAUUAUUCUCACUAGCUGUCAAUUUCCCCACCCAAAAGUUCCUUCAGGCACAGAGCAAAGUCAAUGUUAUUGCUUGGAUUGGUUUUGGGGCUCUAAUUAUACACUGCGGAUUGCUUUGGCUCUUCAUUUUCGUAUUCCAAUGGGGCACUACCGGUGCAGCUGCAGCAUUUGACAUCACAAGUUGGUUAAUUGUGAUUGCUCAAGUUGCUUAUGUAAUGGGUUGGUGCAAGGAAGGGUGGAGUGGGUUCUCAUGGUUGGCAUUCAAGGACUUGUGGGGUUUUGUUAAGCUCUCACUUGCUUCAGCUAUAAUGCUUUGCCUUGAGAUUUGGUAUAUGAUGUGUAUACUCAUUGUUACCGGCCACCUUAGUAAUGCAGUGAUCGCGGUGGAUUCACUUUCCAUUUGUAUGAAUCUCAAUGGGUGGGAAGGCAUGGUAUUUAUUGGAAUAAAUGCUGCUAUCAGUGUCCGAGUUUCCAAUGAAUUAGGAAAGGGUCGUCCAUUGGCAGCAAAAUACUCGGUCUACACCACAGUUUUUCAAUCUUUCCUGAUUGGACUGUUUUUCAUGGUUGUCAUCUUGAUAACCAAAAACUAUUUCGCGGUCAUCUUCACUAGCAGCAAGAAUGUGCAAGAAGCUGUCUCUAACCUCGCAUUUCUUCUCGGUAUAACAAUGGUUCUCAAUAGCGUCCAACCAGUUAUUUCAGGUGUUGCUAUUGGAGGUGGAUGGCAGGCAACGGUGGCUUACAUCAACUUGGGUUGUUACUAUGUGUUUGGUCUACCAUUUGGCUGCAUUCUUGGUUACUUACUAAACUUAGGAGUUAAGGGAAUUUGGUCAGGAAUGAUAUCUGGAACCGCUUUGCAAACUUUUCUUCUCUGUGUAAUAGUUUUCAAAACUAACUGGAAUAAGGAGGUGGAAGAAACCACAGAACGCAUGAAGAGGUGGGGUGGUGGGAAGAUAGGCGAUGAUCGGACAUGAUUAUGAACAACUUUUGUUUAACCCAAAAAAAAAAAAAAAAAGAAAGAAGAGAAAAAGAAAAGAGCACAGGAUUUUUGCUUGCUAGCUCUCAAGGAAUCUUGAAGACCCUCUUUUUUCUUUUCUUUUUGUUCAAGUUUUGGGUUCUGAUUGUAAUGUACCCAUUAUUUAGUUUUUGAAACUUUCAUUUGCUGACAUAUUAUUACCAAAGAAUAUUGAAUUUUCCA